GCUGCCUUGAGGGGCGGGGCUUGGUCUCCCAUCCCGGCUGCUACGCAGGCGCAAAGCCGCGCAGGGCCGCGGCGGCCGCUCCCUGGCUGGCACUGCUCGCUAAGAUGGCGGAUUUCCUGCCAUCGCGGUCCCCGCUGUCGGUCUGCUUUCCCGGCUGCCUCCUCAACAGCAGCGAGGCUGAGCAGCAGCGAAAGUCCAAAGAGAUCGAUAAGGACCUCUACCGCGAGAAGACCUAUGUCAAGCGGCUCGUCAAGAUCCUGCUGCUAGGCGCCGGCGAGAGCGGCAAGAGCACCUUCCUCAAGCAGAUGCGCAUCAUCCACGGGCAGGACUGGGACCGGGCUGCUCGGGAGGAAUUCCGCGCCACCAUCUAUAGCAACGUCAUCAAGGGUGUAAGAGUCCUUGUGGAUGCUCGAGAGAAACUUCAUAUUCCUUGGGGAAAUCCUUCUAACCAAACAAAUGGUGACAUGCUGAUGGCCUUUGAUACCCGCUCACGAGUGGUGGCGCACGGGAUGGUGGAGACCCAGGUUUUUUUGCAGUUCCUUCCAGCAAUAAGAGCGUUAUGGGCAGAUAGUGGUAUCCAGCAUGCCUAUGACAGACGCAGAGAAUUUCAGCUGGGGGAAUCCGUAAAAUAUUUUCUGGACAACUUGGAUAAACUUGGAGAGCAAGACUAUCUUCCCUCCCAGCAAGAUAUUCUACUGGCACGAAGACCUACAAAAGGGAUUCAUGAGUAUGAUUUCGAGAUUAAAAAUGUUCCCUUCAAGAUGGUUGAUGUAGGUGGCCAAAGGUCAGAGCGAAAACGUUGGUUUGAGUGUUUUGACAGUGUCACUUCAAUAUUGUUCCUAGUUUCGUCAAGCGAAUUUGACCAGGUACUUAUGGAGGAUCGACUAACAAAUCGCCUGACAGAAUCUCUGAACAUUUUUGAAACUAUAGUCAACAACCGGGUUUUCAGCAAUGUCUCCAUCAUUCUCUUCCUAAACAAGACAGACUUACUUGAGGAAAAAGUACAAAAAGUGAGCAUCAAAGACUACUUCCCAGAGUUUGUAGGGGAUCCCCACAACUUAACAGAUGUCCAAAAAUUCCUGGUGGAUUGUUUUCGUACCAAACGCCGGGACCAGCAGCAGAAGCCCUUAUACCACCACUUCACCACUGCUAUUAAUACAGAAAACAUCCGCCUGGUAUUCCGUGAUGUCAAGGAUACCAUUCUUCAUGACAACCUAAAACAGCUCAUGUUACAGUGAUGUGCAGAGAAACACUUUGAUUUGUGUUAAUAGUUUACAGCAGGAGUUGGAAAAAAAAGGAGGUCUUGAUGUGUGGGUAAAAGCUGCUGCUGUUCCAGUUAUUGCCAAUUUCUCUCCAAAUUCAGGCUUAAAUUUUUUCCACUGUAUCUUUGUCCUGAAACAGUUUUAAUUUCUUAACAGACCUCCGUUUUUUAAAGCUAACUCAAAGUUUUAACCUCCUCCAUCUUUUCAGCCUGACAAAGCCUGUACUCCAGUACAUCUAUUAACGUUUAGUCAUGCAGUUGAAAGACUUUACUAUGGAAACUUGUUAAGUUUAAAGCAGUUUGGCAUGUGAAAGGGCUAUAGAAGAGAUUUGUAUAAUUCUGGACUGCUCUCCAAGCUUGGCCAGCCACCACCUUCGAUUGUUGUAUAUGAUGAACAGCUGUACCCUGUCAAGUAAUUAAGCUGUAUUUGAAGUUUACAAAUGCAUUUCUGCUUCCUUGCCAAUAGAGGGUGCUCACCAAAUGGUACCAGAAAGGAAAACAGUUGAGGUCCACUACCACUGAAUAUUUUAAUCAAAAAAUUAUGCAAGGGAUUUUUGAUUUUGAUUGGUCAUUGCUAGAUCAUGUGGUUUAACAAUCUGUGCUUUUAAGUUUGGAACUAAACUAGCUUAAAUCACACAGCUGUUGGCAGCUUGCUGUGAAUUAACCAUUUUAAGAAUGCUUCUAGAGGUUUUUUUGUUCAGUUAGCUCAGACGUUAUGGUUUGGAUAAUGGAGGAAACCAAGCAAGAGAUGUUUCUGCGACAAGUUUGCGAAUGCUCAUAGCUGUAUUAAUAUGCAGUACUUUAUUAUACUGGUGGCCUAAAAGGUAAAAACAUUUUUCAGAAAAUGUAAAGCAGCUGAAUCCUAGAAAUGCCAUAUUACAGAACAGUGAAAUUAAAAAAGGCCUCCGCUUUCCACUUCAGUUGCUAUACAGCUCAGUAACACAGCCUUGUAAGCACUCAUUCACAGCAGAUUUGUGGAACUAAUUGCUUUUUUCAUCUCAAUUCUGAGGAAGCUGGUGACAUUUUUUAUUUCUCAGGUAUGGGUUUUAAAGCCCAUAUAUUACUAGUUACUCUGGAUUUCCGAGUUAACUGUAAACCUCAUCACAGUUCUUAUCAUGCUGUGCUUUAAAGAGAACAUCUACAGAAGGAAUGAAUGCUUGUGCCUGUUCUAAUGCUUUAGUGCUGUAAAUGUUUGUAAUGGUUAACAUGACCAGAGAUUGGCAACACAAUCCCGUUUUGUUACACAGGUCAAACAUGCAUUGCUGUUGCUUUCAAAUGCUAAGGCCUGCUAUUGUGUAAUCUUUGUGGAAGGAAGUCAGUCAGCCAGCCAAAUCUGUAUUUUUGAAACCAAUUUAGUUUUGCUGUGUGUUCAGGUAACUAGAGAGUAUGUGCCAGUUAAGUGCUUUAAUAAAACAGGCUCAGUGUGGAAUAGUGGGCCUAUUGUAGCAUCAGAAAAAUGGAUGCAGAAUCUUUUGACCUAAAGUGCCUCUUAAUUUGUUUUUUUCUGCCAUGGCCUUAACAUGAAUGCCAAUUUACCUGAUUGUGGCCUUUUAGGAGGCAGGGUGGGAGUGGAGGGAGCUCGCUUGCCAUGUUAGACUUAAACACUGCACAGAGAUAAUUUGUUGCAUAUUUGCUAAACAAAUACCAAAAAAAUCAUUGGAAUCGUUAAUAUUUUAAAGUGUAACAGAUUUACAGGUGUUCUGGGGGUGCUAUUUCUCUCACUUUCAGAAUGCCAUCAAAAUUGGUAUGCAAAGUGCUUUUUGCUAAACUUCUGCCUACUAAGUAGUAUAGUCUUUGUUUUUAAAUGAGUUUUCCCUACCAGUUUAAUCCAACAAAUUGUAAUUUAUGUGGGACAACCAAUAAACAGGAAGAAACAAGAGUAAUCAAAAUGUUUUCAUUGGGUUAGUUUUAUAAUAUUGCUAUUGGGUAUAGAUUUUGAAGUAUGUCCAAAAACUUUAAAGUGGAUAUAAGCGAAGAGAUUUGGAGUAUUCAGUAAAAGCCAAGUGAAGGAAUUGGGUAGGGGAGAAGGUGCCCUUUCCCCUCCGGCAGCUUUUCCAUUCAAUCUCACACAUACAUAGCUGCUUUUCCUCCACAACUUGGGGGAGGGGUGCAAGUUUGUUAGGAAAAUUAGCUAGAGGGGGGAAAAGUGAUGCAACCCCUCCCCUAGCUAUUCCUCUGCUUCACAUCUUAAGGCAGCUUUUUUAAAAGUCAUGGGAAAGAUACACACAACUGUGUGUCUCUGUUUUGGUAGAACCUUACAUUUCAGUUGUAACUUUCAAAUACAGGACUGGUUGUUAGAACAUUUUUUUCUCAAGUGUUGCUUUUUGCAAAAAAAGAAGAAAAGAAAAAAGUUUCCAUGAAAUGUGUUCUUCAAAUUCAGGGGGUUAUUUUUACAAAAAUUGAAGAUUUUUUCCCUUUCCACCUUCAGCAGAAUAAAAAUGGAGUAAUCUUGUCUAUAUUUUAGACUUUCACAAAUUCAGUGCUUUUAAAUCUGAAACAAAACAUGUAAUGUUAAAAUCCUUUUAAAAUUCAGUAAGAGAAUUCAUUUCUUUUUAACAGCAGCAGCAACAACAAAUAUCCAGGUUUUAACUUUAGCCUCAUGCCUUAUUUUGGAGUAGCACAGUAUAAACAGCCAUUCUUCAAGGCUUUAAAAACCUGGUUCUCUCACUGAAGUAGGGCCAAACGGGAUCACUGCUGCCUCACUCUCAGGCUUCCAGCAAGGUUCACUCUAGUGUGGAAGAGCAGCUUGAAAAAACCCCAAAUGAGUGAGAGGAGACUUUGAGGACAGAGGGGAAAGGCAAUAGUGAUGGCUACACUUAAUGACUACAGCCUCUCAUCAUGCUUUUCACUCAACCCAAAUGGGAUUUUUUUGUAAGAUUAGUUAGACUUACCUUAAGAAGCCUGGGUAUCAAGGUAUUGAGUUGGAUCCAGACUUGGUCAUAGAGUAUACCCCCACUGAAAAUAAUGGGACUUAAAUCCCACUAAUUUCAAUGGUCUACCCUUAAAUAUGACUAAGUCCAGAUACAAUUCAGUGGUGGCAAUUUUUUUUCUUGAGCCCUUAAUUUAGGUAUUGUUGGUGCUAGAGUCAACAGCACUCAGAGCAGUUUUCUAUAGGCCUUUCUCUGGUACCAUAAUAAAGACAUCUCCAAGAUCAGACUUGUAAACGUUACAUAGCAUUGCAAUAGUGCCAUUUGCAGUUUUCUUUAUCUUGUACUUGAAAGCAAAUAAUUGCCACUUAUUUAAGACUGCUUUCCCAUUCUUCAAGGAAAUUGAGAGCUUACAUUCUAGAAACCCUUUCUCUAGAAAUAUAUUUGGAAACAACCUCACAGAAUCUUUAUCUAAUGAAACCAAGAUUUGUAUUAGCUUUGUAUAAUAUAAAUGUGGGGUGUUCGUGGCUUUACAUUUUUUAAUAUGUGUAACUUUUGUAACUUUCCAGGGAUUAACAGAAUCCGCUACUUUGUAAAAUUUUCCUCUUGCCUUAGUUCAGCAUUGUCAAUAAAUUAUUUCUAAAAAAAGGUCUUAAAGGCAUAAUUUUAAAAUGGUUCGAUUACUAAUAGAUGAAAGCCUCUUUUAGUUGUACAUUGCUCUCUGUACAUACAUUGCAGGUUUCCCAACCAUUAAUAUUUGCCUUAUGUAAAUUACUGACGGUAAAUAAACAAUAUACAUCCUGA